GUGUGGCUGUUGUUGUCUUAUAAGGACAGGAAAGGAGCAGUCACUCCCACAGUCCAGGAGCAAGCACUGUCAAUCAGUACAGAAGAGAAAGGAGCUUACACUUUUACUCCACGUGUUUUGGUUCUUGUUAUGCAGCUGUGGAUGUCUCUCCACUGAAGAAGACCCUCAGCAAGCAAGGAGUACACCAGCUUGUGUUGAAAUCUGUUGAAUUUGGACCAAGAGACAUGAACAUGAGGGAAGAGGACAGCUCAGAUGGGGAAUAUUUUGUCCAGAGGAAGGUUCUGGAUGAGUUAAGUCUGGAUGAAGUGGCGCAAAAAGGGACCUGGUUUACCAAACCAACUAUGGGUGAGCAGGUGAAGGAGGCUCUGAGGUGUUCAGUUCCCAGGCUGAAGCACACAGUGCUGAGCUGGGUACCAGUUCUCAGCUGGCUGCCUCGCUACUCAUUCAGAGAAAACGCCGUAGGGGACCUGAUCUCCGGUUGCAGCGUGGGCAUCAUGCAUCUGCCACAGGGCAUGGCAUAUGCUCUUUUGGCUUCCUUACGCCCUGUGUUUGGCCUUUAUACCUCCCUCUUCCCUGUGCUCGUGUACUUCAUCUUUGGGACUUCCAGACACAUCUCUAUAGGUACAUUUGCUGUAAUCAGCAUCAUGGUUGGGAGCGUGACGGAAAGGCUGGCACCAGACAGUAACUUUAUUGUUAAUGCCACUAAUGGGACAGGGAGUGUGGACAUCGAUGCACGGGAUGCACUUAGAGUACAGAUAGCGUGUUCUCUCACAGUCUUGGCGGGAAUCUUUCAGAUACUGUUGGGUGUGGUGAGGUUUGGUUUUGUGGUCACCUACCUGUCUGAGCCUCUGGUUCGUGGUUAUACCACAGGAUCAGCAUGUCAUGUAUGUGUCUCCCAGCUCAAGUACCUGUUUGGUGUCACACCGACUCGCUUUAGUGGCCCUCUCUCCCUUAUUUAUACUCUUGUAGAUAUUUGCCGGCUGCUCCCUGAAACCAAAGUGCCAGAGCUGGUGGUCAGCCUGGUGGCUCUUGCAGUUCUCAUUGUGGUUAAAGAAGUCAAUGCCUGCUACAGACAGAAGCUACCUCUGCCCAUCCCAAUUGAACUCUUAGUUAUUAUAGGAGCAACAAUCAUCACUCUCUUCUGUGGACUUCCAGAUAUGUACAGCAUUGAUGUGGUUGGAGAAAUUCCCAGUGGCCUCCAGCCCCCCCAGGCUCCAGAUGCCUCACUGUUCACAAAGGUGAUAGGAGAUGCAUUUGCAGUGGCCAUCGUGGGCUAUGCCAUCAACAUUUCCCUUGGCAAAACAUUUGCCCUCAAACACGGCUACAAGGUGGAUAGCAACCAGGAGCUGGUUGCUUUAGGUCUAAGUAACACUGUUGGAGGUUUUUUUCAGUGUUACUCUGUGACUUCCUCUUUGUCUCGCAGCCUCGUCCAGGAGAGCACAGGGGGCAAAUCACAAGUUGCAGGACUGAUUUCAUCCAUCAUCGUGCUAAUAACCAUUCUGAAAAUAGGUGCUCUCUUUGAAGAUCUUCCCAAGGCUGUCUUAGCCACAAUAGUGUUUGUGAAUCUAAAAGGAAUGUUCAAGCAGUUCACGGACAUGCCCAUGCUGUGGAAGACCAACAAAGUUGAUCUGCUGGUCUGGCUGGUAACAUUUGUAAGCACCAUCCUGCUAAACCUGGACCUUGGGCUGGCUGUCUCCAUUGGUUUUUCCAUGCUCACUGUCAUCUUCAGAACCCAACUACCCCGCUACUCUAUCUUGGGCCAAGUGGCAGGCACUAAUCUCUAUCUAGACACAGACACCUACAGAGAGGCUAAAGAGAUUCCAGGAAUUAAAAUCUUCCGUUCCUCUAUGACUAUCUACUACUCAAAUGCGGAGAUGUACUUGGAGACCUUGCAAGAGAAGAGUGGAAUUGAUAUCGGGAAGCUACUGAUGGCCAAGAAAAAACAAGAUGCAAAGCUGAAGCGUAAACAAGAGGAAGCUAAAAAGAAAGCUAAAAAGGAGGCAAAAAGUCAACAGAAAAAAGCAGUCAGCCUGUCCAGUGGCACUGGUUCUUCAAAAGACAAAGACUCUGCACAACAAACAGGACUGAGUCAAGGAAACAGUGUGGCCUUAAGCAUGACACAAACAUCUAGAAAUGGCCUGAAUAAUGGUAAGGUCAACUUAGCCUUCCAAUACGACACAACCAUGUCUGACUCAGACUCAGAAACAGGAUGGGACAAAAACAUCCCAAAGGGAUCACACCAGGAGGAUGGGGAGACAUUUGAAGUCUGCGAAACAGGCACACACAGCAUCAUCUUGGACAUUUCAACGACUGGAUUUGUGGACACAGUCACUGUGAAGACCUUGAAAAAUAUAUUCAGGGACUUUGGGGAGAUUGGUAUAGACAUCUAUCUUGCAGGCUGCCAAGCAUGCGUCGUGGAGCAGUUAGAAACGGCAGGUUUCUUCUCAGAUUCCAUCCCAAAGAGCCGGCUGUUUGUGACAGUCCACGAUGCAGUGCUUCACAUCUUCAAGAAGCAGACAGACUUUGUUCUUGAUGUACCCUGCAUGACUAAGAUGUGACCAGCAGGGGUCAGACUGUUUCAACUCUCCACACGCUCCUCUCAGGCUGCUGACUGUUUCAUUGCCCACCAUUGGUAGACAGUGUCUCCUCCCUGUUCAGUUGGAGGGAGAAUGCACCACCUUGUCAUGGCGGCUAGUUGCCAUGGUAAUACAGGGAGCCGUCACCGUGGCAACAGGCUUUUUAUGAUAUCGUCUAAUGAGAUGGCCAGCGAUACGUCAUUGCGGCUCUCUCCUGUGUGGUGUGUGAGGGAGACAGAGAAGGGGCGGGGGUUGAGUGGGAGAAUGUAACACUGGACUAACAGGAGUUUAUAUUUAUAGCCUGAGUGAGAGAGUUGACAGUGAGCGCAAGGUUGACUGUAGGGGAAACUUAUAUGCAAGAGGUGUAAACGGGCUGAUGUCAGUCUAUAUAUUCUUGACUGUUAAUCCAAAUGUCUUCAUAAUGAAUCAGUGAAAUGGAAAUACUUGUCACUGCUAUGGCCUGGACAUUACCUCUAAACCCUUAUGUUACCAUUUAUUAACUAUAGUGGUCUGAAAGAUUAUACAGUCACAUAUUGCAAUAGGAUUCAAACAAGCAACAGCUUUGAACCCACCGUGGGUGUAUUUUUAGUCAGUAUUCACAUGUCUGAUUCCUCAGACAUCUUCUAUUUCUAGAUACAGUGUCAUGUUUAGUCAUAUUAUAACUGUCAGAAGCUAAAACUGUAUUGUAAUGAAAGCCAUGUGAAUGCCCUGCUAUGAAAAAUAUUUACAUAGCCUCCCAGAGAUAUUUGCACCCAACUGUUAAAAUGUCUCUUAAGCUACUGAGAGGUCAUUUAAGAUGGUAGUGAAACAGCAGGGAAGUAAAACUGAUAUUUGUUUUGAUGAAUAUCAAAACAAACAAGAUUGCCAGCAUUUCAUUUUUAUACUUUUGACUUCUUGCUUUAAACUGCUGCUGCAGGGUCAGGGACUUCCUGCAUAGGCAUUUUACACAGCAAAGAUUCUAAUGGAGUGGCAUGUCUGAGUGUUAAAUAAAAAUUAGAAAACACAACUUAGAUACGAUCAAGCAAAUCAGCAGAGAGAUUAAAGAUGCCAGGCGCAAAAUUAACUCAAACUGAAAGCUCCUCAGGAGCUUUGUGUGAAAUGUAUCUAAAAGCAAAACCAAACUUAGCAUAAAAAUUAAGGAAAUUGUUUUAUAGAAGAUUAUUUCUUUGUCGUAACAGUGCUUCUUGGUAAUAAAUCUUCUACAGUAAGGCUCAGGUGUUUGUGGGAGGAGCAUCAGAGCUGAGUAUGUGGGAUGCGCCCAUGAAAAAUUUGCCAAAUCUUCUCUGCCAAUGCCAAACAACUUAUUCUGCCAUUGACUCUUAUUUGCUGUAUUGGAUAAUUGAAGUCUGAAGAAAUAAGACAAAUUGAAAAUUUAACAACUUAUUCAUUUAACAAACAGGAGCCUCAGUAGCAUGUGGAAGAACCAUACAUAGCCGGCUAAUUGGCAGGCUCACAGAUUUAGCAAAAUGCCAUUGCAUCUUUGAUUUUAUUUUUUUUUUUUUCUACUUUACAAAGUAGAUAGUGUGAUUGAGCAUUUACUCAAUAAUGCUGGGGAAGAUAGAUUGAGAGUCCUGAGAUGCUUUGUUCAUUUCUUAUCCCCUGUCUGUAACACCUCAGUUUCAUCACUUGAGUCUACUGCUUACUUCUUUUGUCAUUUAAUGGCAGUUUGCAAACAUUUAGAUUCUCUAUGACCACCCUCUGCCAUUAGAAAUGCAUUACAACCAGAUCCUGGUUAGAGAAAGGAAGAUAUUUGUCUAAUUUAGGACAAUAGUCACAUAAAAACUGUUCAAAUAAUGGAAAAAUCAUAAACAAUCCAUAGAAUUAUUUAACUGAAAUAUGGUUUUAGUAUUCAUAAUAGCUCAUAUAUGUUAUUUUUAGGGUUGCUCGAAUAUGCAGGGCUACAACAACAGAUGUCGGCUUCCACCAAUAAAUGAUCAACCCACCAGAUAAACUGAAAUGUGUGCCAGUGAUCCUGAAAUGAUUGGCUGCCUGGAUAAGCCACUCCUAUGUAAACAAUGUCAAGUGCUGUAAAUUACAGAGUACACAUAUCUCAUUUAGUGCUUAUUGCUCACACUUGUGCUUCAAGACUGAUCAUUG